GUUUUCUCUCUCUCACAGUAUGCAACUGUAAUGGUCACAGUCACUGUGUAAAUGGCAGCCAAUGUAUAAUGCCUUGUGCCAAUAACACGGCUGGAUCCCACUGCCAACAUUGCAUUGAAAAGUUUUUUGGAAAACCUAUCAAUGGAGGCUUAUGCAAACCUUGUGAGUGCAAUGAGCAUGGAGAUACUUGCAACAGGGAGUCUGGUCGAUGCAAUUGCAACACCAAGGGAGUUACUGGGGAUCAUUGUGAACGAUGUGACACCCAAAACAACUAUGUCGGUGAACCUCUGCGUGGUUCUUGUUUUUAUGAUCUCCAAAUUGAUUAUCAAUUCACUUUUAACCUCUCCAAGCAUGAAGACAGACACAUCCGCCAAAUAAAUUUCUUCAAUGUGCCCACCAAAAGUGAUGUAGAUACAGAUUUUGAUAUAUUGUGUUCAAAAGCUGCCAAGAUAAAAAUAUCAGCCAAAACUACCAAGAGCCACGAAUCUUGGAUUAUUCGUAAUUUCACUGGGACGAGAAUCAAGCGGAGAUUUAGUGCUUCCGAGUACACAUUUGGCUCAGCUGAUAACAGUACUACUUUCCAUGUAUAUGUCUACAACUUUACUCCACCCAUUGAAAUUAUCGUAUCGUUUUCCCAGCAUCCGAAGUUGGAUCUCAUCCAGUUUUUUUCCAUUUUCUCUUUGUAAGUAUACAUAUGUUUUGUUUAACUUUUGGCAGAUUAAGUUAAGUAUAUCUUAGUUUUACCAGACCACUGAGCUGAUUAACAGCUCUCCUAGGGCUGGCCCGAAGGAUUAGAUAUUUUUACGUGGCUAGGAACCAGUUGGUUACCUAGCAACGGGACCUACAGCUUAUUGUGGUAUCCGAACCACAUUAUAUCGAGAAAUGAAUUUUUAUCACCAGAAAUAAAUUUCUCUGGUUCUGCAUUGGCCGAGCUGAGAAUCAAACUUUGGACCACCGGAUUGGUAUCCGAGCGCGAAAUCCACUCGUCCAAAGAGGAACUGAACCUUUGGCAGAACUGAUGUAGUUGGGAAGAAAUAGAGAAGAUUGGAAUUCCAUGAUUGCUAAAAUCUUGGGAUGCAUUCUAGUCUCGGCCAAAGGAUUUGUUCUGGAAAAAUUAAAAUGGAGUAAAGCAGAAUA